UCUGAAGAAGAAAAGGGGAAUAAGAAGGAGGAAAUUACGCUGAAAAUGGGAGAUGAGACUAUUAUGUUGCUUAGUAAUGAUGAUAGGUGUUAUUAUGUUAACAGAGAUGUGGCUAGUGUGUCGCAGGUUAUUACAGCUAGGUUGGAGAGUGACUUUAAGGAGGGACAGUCUAAGGAGAUUCAUUUGGAAGAGAUUGAUGGCGAUACGCUUGAGAAGUGAAUUGAGUACAUGCAUUAUAAGUUUAUUAAUACCCAGAGGAAGCAAUAUGAGACUGAGGAGAACCCUGUUGAUGAGCAGUUUGAUAUCGAGCCAGAGGAGGCUCUUAGUCUGCUCAAAGCUGGCAUUUAUCUUGAGUGUUAA